GCUGCAGUAAGAUGACAGUGACUGGUGUACACUGUAUUGUAAAAGCGAGCAGUAAAGCUCCAACCUCGUUGCUGGGGCAGGGAUUUAAAUCACAAAUCAGAGAGAAUGGUGUCUAUCUACAUAAUGUCCAACUAUCAAUUGUUGAUUUAAUUGUGUUUUUGGAGGGUGUAGUUUGUGGUGCUGUUAACCUGUACUGUGUUAUGAGUGGCUUCUAUUAAUUACUCAACCCUCACUGGUAUAAACAUGCUUGACAAAAUAUUAGAAAGACCUCUCGUCCCGAGCGACAGUUUGUGAACCUGACAAGGCUCAUAGCAAACCCACCUUUCGACAAAGACCUGCUCACUGACAGGGGAUGUUAAUUUUUGUGACUAAGCGCUAUUAUGACUAUCCAAGUAUUAAAAUUGCAAGGCUGUGACUUGCUUCUGCAAACAGCAAGUCCAACCACUAUCUGCAUUUGAGCUUUUAGUUUCAACAGCCAACCCUGUCUUCAAAAAAUAAUUUUAAGCACCAUAUUCAUAUAUGAUCAUCCUAAAAAUACAGUUUAGCUUCAGCUCAUCUAAAUCAUGAGCACACUGUUUUUUCUUUUGCAAAACAUAGGAUGUGUGAAGCUGGAGCAAACCCCUGCAGCUCUCAUAAAUAAUGUGUGGGUUGAGAAACAUCUUAAUAAGGAGGAACAUGUAUAAAUGGCAUGUUUUGAUUUGAACCCUUUUGAUGGGCUCACUCUGAGGUCUCAGCACUCUUGUAAUCAGGGAAUGUCCAACACCUGUGACUGCUGUUUAACUGCUCAAGUAAUGUUGGGAUCCCUGCCAAUGCUGUUUAGGGACUCAAAAGUUUUGCUCUCUCUUCAAGGAGUUUCAGAAUCUCUAUAUGAUUAUGUGUGUUUGAUGGCACAGUAUUUGACAGGCUUUUUUCUCCUUCUCAAGCUGGAGAAGGAUCCGUUCCACGAAUCCCCGGAGAGGGAUUGGUUUUGCUCCAAGGUCGUGGUGACGACGCCAGAGGAGGAUGAGAUUCUCUUCCCCUGUCACAGAUGGUUAUCCAGGGGCGAGUUUGUGUUGUUGAGAGGGGGGAGGGCUACAAAAGCCUUCGAAGAUCUCCAUCCUCGACUACUAGAGCAACGGCAAAAAGAACUUCUCCAGCAAAAAUUAACAUAUGUAUGGGCUGAGUAUGCAGACGGAAUGUCAUACGUGUUGAACAUCCCGAACCCAAGAGCUGUUCCAGCAGAAAUCAGCUACUCACCAUCAAAAGCUUUUCAAUUUGAAUCCCGAAGACAAAACAUACGAUCUGUGCUCAAACUGAAAAAUCUGACAGAUGAGCCGUGGGAGAGCUUCGAGGCCAUGAAGGAGUUCCCCUGGUUUAAAGACUCGCCCGUGCUUGAGUAUGUGUCGCAGCACUGGCAGGACGAUGACUUUUUUGGGUACCAGUUUCUUAAUGGCGCCAACCCCCAUUCGAUCCGACGUUGCUCAGCGCUUCCCUCCAACUUCCCUGUCACAGAGGAAAUGGUGAAACCUUUUCUGGCCAAUGGAAGCUCUCUGACUGCGGAGAUGGAGAAAGGAAAUAUAUUCAUCAUUGAUUACAAGAUCAUGGACGGUCUGCCAACUAGAGUUGUUGAUGAUAAACUGGCAGCUCGGACUGCUCCUCUCUGCCUUCUGUACCUGAAUACAGAGAAGAAACUGCAACCAAUUGCAAUACAGCUCCACCAGCAGUCCUCAGAGCAGAACCCCAUUUUUCUGCCCAGUGACUUGAAGUCUGACUGGCUGCUUGCCAAAAUAUUUGUGAAGCAUGCAGACAUCCUCCACGUCCAAUUGCUCACCCAUUUGCUAAACCCACACCUGCUGGCAGAAACGUUUGCGAUGGCGACUCUUCGCAACCUCCCAAUGAUUCACCCCCUGCACAAAGCUGUUGAUGCCCCAUCAUCGUUUUACUCUCCAUACAAACAUCUUCGCCCGUGCUCUUCUUUAUGGCCCUGGUAGAUUACUUACAAAUACUUCACUUGAUAUGGACAGACUAAUAGAAUUAUUCAGGAGGGGGUUUGCACAGACCAACUACAGCUCCCUCUGCCUGCCUGAAAACAUUGCAGCUAGAGGAGUGGAGUCCAUCCCCAACUUUCAUUACAGAGAUGAUGCAC